AUGGGAUUUGGUUCAUUGUUGAAUUUACAUAUGGAUGUUGUACCAGGGUUGCUAAACUAUUAUCUUCUAGAUGUAUACAAUCCAGUAACCAAUAGACUUGUGAUGGAGAAUGGAGUCAUUGAAAUAACAAAAGAGCUGGUGCAUAAGAUGAUGAUUUUACCAAUGGAAGGGGAUGAUUUGAGUAGAAUGCCUUACUGUGAAACUGGUAAUGAGAUUCUGGAAGAAUGGAAAGCACAAUUUGUAGACAAGAAGUUUCAUGGGGAAGCAUAUAUGAAACAUAUUAGAAGUACAGAAGAAAAGAAUAUGAUAUUCAGGCUGAACUUUCUUACUAUAUUCAUUAACACCUUCAUAGAAUCAAUGGUUGGUGGUACCAAUAGUGUCAAAGUGGUUGAGAAGUUAGUUCUGCUAUCAUAUGUGUAUAACAUGAGGUAUGAAAAUAUAAAAAUGGAUAAAAGGAUACCAUUUAUUGCACAUGUAAAUGGUGAUAAGCUGAUAAAAAUACAAGAAACCAAAAUUACUUUGGGAGGGUUCGAGAGGCAAUUCAGAGAUAGUCAUUCAGAUGAUGAGAGAUUAGGGAGUGAAGAAGAGGAGGAAGACAUAUGCGGACUUUGA